AUGACCUGGGACGCGGCGCGCGCCUUCUGCGGCGGUUUUCGGGGCGACCUCGUCACGCGGGAAACGAAGCCAACCUGCUCGCUGACAUCGUUAAACUUCAUCUACAAGGAAGGAAAGGCUGACCGAUCGCAGCUACUGGAUCGGCGGGAGCGUCAGCGCGCGGGCGGGCGCGUUCGUGGGGCCCCGACGGCAGCCCUCGUCCGGAUGGGCACUCCCUGCGGGGCGUCCUCGGCGGCAGUCAGCAACCGGGGCAGACCCCAACGAAUUGCAUCGCUCUCAACAAAUACAAUUUCUUCUUCUUCGAUAAUUUCAUUGCGAAAAAGAAUCUCGGCGAUAUGCGAGUACAAAUUUUUCUGGACGGGGACUGAAGAUUCACCUUCACUUCGCCUUGAUUAG